AUGCCCCCGAAAGGCUCGAAGAAGGCGCCCGCGGCGACGGCGAGCGCGCCCGCGGCGAAGACGUCCCCCGUCGCGAAGGGUGGCGCGACGGCGGGCGGGGGAGGCGCGGCGAAGAAGAAAAAAGCGAACGGCGCGUCCAGCCCGCGCGAUCGCGGCCGACAGCUCGGGCUCUUCGAGUCCUUCGCGCGGCCGCCGAAGAAGCUUAAGACGCGCGCGGGCGGCGCGGACGCGGACGCGCCUCUGACCGUGCGCGUCGUCCCGCACGUCUACGACGCGUUCACGGUGAAGUUCCUGGAGACGGAGGGCGCGGAGCGCGGAUUCAAAUCUCGGAAUCUGAGCGACGAGGGCGAGGACGACGCGCGACGCAGCGAGUUCGAGUUCGUGAACGCGUUCGACGCGCUCCUCCGGAACGCGCGCGAUCAGAUCCCGCCGCAGUACUUCUACGAGCGCCUCGCGCGCGUGCUGAUGCGGCGGCGGCUCGCGCCCACGCGGAGGAGGCGCGCGCGCGCGGAGGCGGACGACGCCGAGGAGGACGAAUCGAUCGAGGCGUUCGAAUUUCGCGCGCGCGUCGCGCGAUCCGAGGACGCCAAGCUCGCGCGCGCGACGAUCGACGUCUUCAAGCGCGUCCACGCGCUGCACCCGGCCGCGGAGAUCGUGAUGACGACGCGCUCGAAUCCGAUCGAUUCGACGCCGCGCGGAGGAACGGACGCGGACGGUCCGGGGACGACGCCCGCGGUGGCGACGUGCGAGCUGACGUGGACCCCGAUCGACUCGGAAGCGCGCGCGAGGGACCACCACAGCGACAGGACGCCGAAGAAGGGCCACGCCGGCGCGGGCGGCGCGGGGAGCGAGCGAGGGAUCGCCGCGGACUGGCGGCGGUUCGCCGCGCUGAUGGCGGCGGCGGCGGGCAAGCCGGAGACGCUCUGGCGGCUGUGCGACGCGUCGGAGGAGAGCGAACGCCGCGGCGACGGAGGAGGCGCCGCGCGGCGACGCGGACGCGCGGGACACGCCGGAGCAGCGCGCGGCGCGAUCGACGGAUCGGAGGACGAGGAGGACGAGGGAGAUGAGGACGCGCCGCCGAGCCAGGCGCAGGCGCGCGCGCGCGAGCGCGCGAAGAAGAGGGAGCGCGCGGCGCGGGCCGUCGCGCCGCCGCUCGGCGCGACGCUGUUUUUUCUGCACGCCGUGGACGUGUUCGCGGCGGACGCGAACGCGCGGCUGGCGGUGUUUAACGCUCGAACGUCGGGCGUUUCGUCGGCAUCUGAGAACACCGAAACGACGACGCUGGACGCCGCGGCGGAGACGGAGACGCCGCCGCCUGCGGACGGCGCGAGCCAGCCGACGAGCGACGGCGUCCCGGAGACGCCCGCGACGCCCGCGCGCGUCGCCGCAGGCGCGUGGGCGACCGGCCUCCUCCGCGACUCGCUCCUGUACCGGUUCAUCGCGGACCACGUCCCCACGGACGGCGAGCGCGCGGCGUUCCUCGUCGAACUUCUCGAGCUCGCGGCGAGCGGCGUCGGCGGCGGCGACGGCGACGGGGAGACGCCGCCGGCGCCGCUCGCCAACGGCGCCGAGGACGCGGGCGCGAGAGACGUCGCCGCCGCCGCGCACGUCCUCCUGGCGUACGUCGACGAGCUCCUGGACGCGCUCGAGCGCGCGGGGGCGUCCACGGCGGGCGGGACGACGGACCGGCGGCUCGUCGCGAUCCGAACGCAGCUCGACGACGCGUGCAAGCGGUGUUACAUGAAGGCGAGAGGACUGAAGGACGCGGCGUCGAAGCGCGCGUUUUUAGCCGCAAUGCCGGGCUCCGCGACGCGCAAGCUGCGACUCGCGCGAUCCGUCCUGCGCGAGACGGUGAUCGCGCGGCAAGCGCCGGGGGUGAUGCGUCCGGGGAUCGGGAGCCGCGCGGACGCCUCGGGCGCGAUCGACGUGUUCGAGUACGCGUCGUCGGAUCCGAAGACGGCGAUCAAGUCGCAAAAAGAGAGCGACGGCAGCGCGGACUACGCGGACGCCGUGGGGCGGGUCGGCGCGAUCAUCGGCGCGUGCGCGCAGGCGGCGAACGAGAUCGUCGUCGGCGGCGGCGGAGUCGAUGGGGACGGGCACCGCGCGCCGCCACCGCACGCGGCGUCGCUGAGGGCGGCGGCGAAGGCGUUCGCGAGAGAGGCGACGGGCGGCGGCGGCGAGUUGCGCGCUCGCGACGCCGCCGUCGUCGACGUCGCCGUCGGCAGCGUCGGCGGCGCCGCGUGAGGGGAGGACGCGAGGGGAGGACGAGAGAAGAUGAAUUAAACCGCGCUGAAGAACUCUAAUGCGAAUGCGAACGCUAUCAC